AUGCGUCCUGAGGAGUGUCCUCCUGGCCUUGACCGCCAAAUCGCCAUCACCACCGAGAAACGCGUCGUCUCUGAGCUGCAGAAGGCGACCCAUGAUUUCGCAUUCGCCUUUGACAUUGACGGUGUUCUCCUGCGCGGCAAGCUGCCUCUUGAUGGCGCCAAGCAGACCUUGGAGAUGCUGCAGUCCAACAGCGUCCCCUUCAUCCUCCUCACUAAUGGAGGAGGUCUGUCUGAGCUUGCCCAUGCAGCGCGUCUUGGCCAGCGACUGACAAUGUCCAUUGACGAGGACCAGUUUGUCCAGUCCCACACUCCAUUCAAGAAGUUUGUGGACCAGUACAAAGACGAGUGGAUUGUUGUCCUUGGUGGACACGGUUCUGCUGUCAAGGAGCUCGCUGCCACCUACGGCUUCAAGUCAGAGAAGAUCAUCACCAGCAGCGACAUCGCCAAGCACCACCCAAGUAUCCACCCGUUCCCUGAGAUCUCGUCAGGCUACCACGACAAGUACGGAAACAUCGGCGAUGACUUCUCCCACGAGGAGAAGAUCGCUGCGGUCUUUGUCUUUACCUCUCCACGCGACUGGAUCUGCAUCGACCUUCUUCUCUCUGCCAAUGGACGCUUGGGAACCAGAUCUUCCCUCAACGGUAACCCCAAGCUACCAAAUCACGGCUAUCAGCAGGAUGGCCAGCCGAUGCUCUUCUGGUGCAACCCGGACAUGCAGUGGGCCACCCCCCACGCGACCCCCCGUCUCGCACAGGGCGCCUUCCGAGCAGCCCUCGAGGGCAUCUGGACCUCCCUGACCAAGGGAGAGGCGGAGCUCCAGUCCUGGACCUGCGGCAAGCCGACCACCACCACCUACGACUACGCCGAGCAGAUCCUGCACAAAUACCACCACAAGAUCGAGCCGCUGUCCACCACCCCGAUCCGCAAGGUCUACAUGAUCGGCGACAACCCGGAGAGCGAUAUCUGUGGCGCCAAUCUUGCCAACGAGACCUCUGCCCUCGAGUGGAACAGCGUCCUCGUCGAGACGGGCGUGCACAAGGCCGGCACCAAGCCCGCGUACAAGCCCACCGAGACCAAGGCCAACGUCUGGGAGGCUGUGAGGUGGGCCGUCGCCCACGAGACCAAGGUGGAUGUCGGAGACCUGCCUGAGGCUUGA